GUGAAAUCUUGUUUUCAACUCUGCAGUGUCUUCGAUAUCGUACGGAUAGUAGACAUAUUUUUUCGGUUCAUUAGGAAAAAUUUUUGAUUAUUUUUAAGUUUAAUUAUCGUGUAGUGAAUUGAGGGAAGUGAUUGACUGGAUAUAUUGAGACGGCGCAAAGACACCGACAGCAAAAAUAAAAGCUCCGGCAGUCGGGCCAGCAGUCGUUGGUCCGCACUCGUCUCAACUGGAACCCUCCAAGUGUCCUGUUGAUAUUUUUAUCAACGAAAUCGGACAAGUGAUGGUUGGAAAUUUAUCGAAUGAAAUUAAUGACUUCGCCGACAACUACAUUUUCAAUACAUUGAAUCACAUUGAAGAUCUUAACAACUCACUCCUGAUAAAAGCCUUGGAGUGUUUUGAAACUAAAAAUUCUUAUCAGCUUGAUAGAGGGGUGAGUGAGAGCGUAUGCGAAGUUGAUUGGGACUCUUUGCUUUGCUGGCCUGCCUCACCCCCAGGGACUCUGGUGAAACAAUCGUGUUUUGAGGAAUUGCACGGAGUUCCGUAUGACAGCUCACAGAAUGCAAGCAGAUGGUGUUGGCUAAAUGGAACUUGGGACGAGUACACAAACUACUCGCAAUGUCAGGAGUUAAAAAUCAACAUAAUCGAGUCUGGGGUCGAGAUAACAACAACCCUGUACUUUGUUGGUUACACACUGUCACUGUCAACCCUCAUUGUAGCUGUGGCAAUAUUUUUAUACUUCAAAGAGCUGAAAUGUUUAAGGAAUAACAUUCAUACGAAUCUCAUGUUUACGUACAUGCUCACUGAUCUCAUGUGGAUAUUGGCGACUGGUAUGCAGGCCUCGAUGCAAACGGACAUGUCCACCUGUGUUGUAUUAUUCGCGCUACUUCAUUAUUUUCAUUUAACAAGUUUCUUCUGGAUGUUUUUAGAGGGACUUUAUCUGUACCUGUUGGUCGUGAAGACCUUCAGUGGUGACAACAUAAAGCUGAGAAUGUGCCUUUUCAUAGGAUGGGGGGCUCCAUCAUUGGUGGUUAUAGUAUGGGGAAUAGCUAAAUCAUUGACAACUACUGUGGAUCAAAGUUUUCAGAACGUCGCUCUGUACAAACACUGUCCCUGGAUGGUGAACAAUGCCUACGAUUUACUGUACCAGGUGCCUGCUAUCACUGUCUUAGUCAUCAACGUUGGUUUUCUCUUCAUGAUUAUGUGGGUAUUGAUCACCAAAUUGAGAUCAACAACAUCAGCAGAGACACAGCAGUAUCGCAAGGCAACCAAAGCACUUCUUGUUCUGAUACCAUUAUUGGGGAUAACCUACGUGCUAGUUCUGACUGGACCCACUGAGGGACCAAUGGCGGAUUUAUUUGCCUAUGUCCGAGCAGCACUCCUGUCUUCCCAAGGCCUCUCAGUAGCACUAUUCUACUGUUUCCUAAACUCAGAAGUCCAAAAUACCGUCAGCCAUCAUUUGUCCCGUUGGAAAACCGCCCGGAGUAUUGGUACAAAUCGAAAAUAUAAAAACUGGUCGCCUCGUUCUCGAACCGAGAGUUUAAGUUUAUCGGCCAAAUUUCCAGGCUCUCACAACAAACAAACCCACAUGGCAAAAGGGAAUCCACUGUGAGUGCAACAACGACAGCGACUCUACUAGGUGUCAAACCAACACCAGCUAUUUGAGAUAGAACGAGGCUUAUUUCCAAGACUUAAUGAAUUAAUGAAUAAAUGAACUUCUGAGGACGAUUCAAUUAAACAGGGAAAUUUUUUUAAUGAGUAAUUCGGGCCUCGUGGAAUAUUUACAGGACAAAAAUUGAAUUUUCUCAUGUCCUUUUCAUCAAUUUUACUCAAUAUUUGAAAAUUGUUAUUUUUAAUGUAUUUAUGGUUAAUAAUUUUUUUGCUAGAAUCUUCAUCUUGCUUAGAGGCAAUUACUUAAUCCAUUAAUUUAUCAGGCUACUAAUAAAGCCAUUAAUAAACUAUUUAAUUAAUAAAAUAGUUCACAUGAGUAUAUGCAUUAAUCGAAUGGCCAACCAACUGCUUCACCAAUUAAUUAAUAAAUUAAUUGCUUGGAUGAUAAAUUAUCGAUAUGAUGUCAUAAAUAAAUGAAUGAAUUUCUAGCGGGUAGACCGUCAAUUAAAACAGUCAAUUAAAAAAUUUCUGUUUUUAUCUUUUAAUAGAGAAUGUGACCACUAAAAUAUUAUCAUUCAAUUUAAUUAAAUAUCAUGGUUUUUAAGAUUUUAAUGUCGAAGUGGUUGAGUAAUUAACUAUGAUAUUAUUCAUAUAAAAGUGUAAUUAAAUAAAUAGGUGCUGUAAUCAAUGUGACAUGUAUAGCGCCACUUUAUCAUUGCACCUGACGUGCAAAUGUUGGCGGAAUAAAUAGACAAGAUAAGGAAAGAGGAAAAUUUGCAGAAAAAAUAUUUCUCGGGGAAGACAAAUUCAAAAUCUCGGAUAUAAAUAUUUUUUGUUGCUAAUAAAUUAAGGGUGAGUUCUCAGUGGCCUCCGGCAAUAAAAUAGUCAAUUUUUGGAGAAUUCCUCACUCCAAAGCGGUAUUUCUUUUUGUAUUUUCAAAUUUCCUGUCGCUCUAUAUAAUUUUUAACAGCAGAAAAAUCAUACGAUUGGAACGCGCUAAUUCGAUAGAAAAAAAGUAAAAAUUACGUUCAAGAAAAACAAACGUAAAAAUUAUAGUUUUUAAUUAAUCAAACAAUUACGUCCAUAACUCAUUCAUCUGUAUUUCAAUGACAAAAAAAAAGAAUGUUUCAAUUGUUUACAUGUUAAAUAAUCAAUCAAAUCUACACAUUUACACAUUUUCAAUCAAACGAACAUACAAACUUGAUUUUUUCUUCUUAUUCUUCCACGUUGCACCCCCUUCAAUCACGUAUAAAUAUAGUUAAUGAUUUGCUGACGUUAAUCUCGACACAUCGUCGUGGUUUUGGUACCUGGGUUUGCCGUGGGUGAAUGGUAAAUAUCUGUACUUAAUCAUAUGCUGAAAAUAAAAUAAAAUGCAUUAUUCGUUGACAACGAGAA